AUGUACGCCAUAGUUGUUCUGGGGAACUUCACCAUCCUGUUCAUUGUGAAAAUGCAGCUGAGCCUCCAUGGGUCCAUGUUCUAUUUCCUCUGCAUGCUGGCCGUCAGCGACCUGGUCAUGUCCACAGUCACCCUACCCAAACUGCUGAGCAUCUGCUGGUUCAAUUCCAGAGAGAUCAGUUUCAGUGCCUGCCUCACCCAGAUGUAUUUCGUUCACUCCUUCUCAGGGAUGGGGUCUGGAAUCCUCAUGUCCAUGGCUUUUGAUCUCUACGUAGCCAUCUGCCAUCCUCUGGGAUAUUCCACCACCCUGACAAACUUUGUUGUGGCCACUAUAGGCCUGGCCGUGGUGCUGCGCAGUGGCAUACUCGCAUUGCCCUAUCCCUUCCUGACAAGGUGGUGGCCAUAUUGCAGAACCAGCAUCAUCCCUCACUUCUAUUGUGGGCAUAUAGCUGUAGUGAAGCUGGUCUGCGCUGAUAUCAGCAUCAGUAGUUACUAUGGCCUGUUUGAUCUGUUUUCUGUGAUCGGAAUGGGCGGGUUCUUUAUCUCAGUGUCCUAUAUUCAGAUCCUCUGGGCCAUCUUCCGCCUCCCCACAAAGGAUGCCCAGCUCAAAACUUUUGGGACCUUCAUCUCUCAUCUUUGUGCCAUCUUAGCUUUUCACAUCCCACAUUUAUUCUUCUCUCUCAUGUUCUGA